AAGAAAUGACUAUGCAUGUUGUGUUUAAAGCAGAGUGAAGUUUCCUGCCAAAGCAAAUCCAGACAUCAUAAUGAUCAAAGACCUGAGAAUAUUAAAUACUCUCUGUCUUAUCUGUACAGGCAGUCGUGGCCCACCAGAGUGGACAUGCACCAGGACAUAGAGGACAGCUUGGCAGCGUCCUCUAUCUCCCACGCUGGGGGACCCCAGUCCCCGGCCCGCAGCGCAGAGAACCUGCUCAACGGUCAUCGCUCCAAAGGCAUGCUGGAGCUGGGCCGACGAGAGGAAACCACACUGACGGACUGUUCAGGACCGCCAUCCCAGGGAGCCUGUGCUGCCACCUCGGGCUCUGCUCCUGGGUCUACCUCUGGGACAAUCAGGGCCCCCACGCCAUCCACCUCAGCCGCAGCCAAGCAGCGAACCUGCCUGUUCAGGGUGAUGGAGGAUGAGGAGGAGGAGGAAGAGCAGGACCCAUCUCCCCUCCCGACCCAGGUGGUCCUGCGCCGUAAGCCGCCCUCCAUCACCAACCGCCUAACCUCCAGGAAGAGUGCCCCGGUGCUCAACCAGAUCUUCGAAGAGGAGGGGGAGUCGGACGACGACUUCGACAUGGAUGAGGGCCUGCCCCCCAAACUCAGCCGUCUCAAGAUGAACAUGGCCGGGAACGCCGCCAGCCUGAGCUCCGCGGCCGGCUCCUCCUCGUCCCCGGGGUCCACGCAGAAGCGCUACCACCGGCGCAAGAGCCAGGGGAGGGGGUCAUCGUGUUCGAGCUCUGAGACUAGCGAUGACGACUCGGAGAGCCACCGGAGGCGUCUGGACAAAGACUCAGGUUUCAGUUACAGUUGGAACAGAAGGGACAGCAGCGAGGGGCCGCCUGGUAGCUCGGGCGGCAACGGGGGAGGCAGCAGCUCAGGGCAGAGUAAACCUCCCGGAGAGGGAGGGGGAACCUCUGGUCCAGACAGGGGGAGUCCUCCUGGAGGAGGAAGCAAUGGAGGAGGAGAGGGUGGUGGUGGAGGGGGUGGUGGGGGAGGAGGAGGGGGUAAUAAAGGACAAGACAGCCCAUCCAGUUGUUGUAACAACAGUAGCACUACUAACCCUUCCCUCAGCUCUCUGUCCCGCUCGUCCCGCACGGUCAGCCGCGGCACCGAGCUGGUGGAGAGCCUGAAGCUGAUGAGUCUGUGCCUCAGCUCCCAGCUGCAACACCACCGCGGGGGGCGGGGAGGUCGAGGAGGAAGAGGGGGGAAGUUCAUCAUAGACCCUGGCAGCCUCUCAGGAGGGAGCGUGAAAAUCCAGGAGAAAUCAGCCUGGAGGAUGUGCAUCGGCUCCACAGGGAGCCUGGACACCAUCACCCUCCCCACCACCGCCCUGCCACGCACCCCCGCCACACAGCAUCACCACCGCAAAACAGCGCCACACGGCCCCCCCGGGCUGCAGGCGGGGCCGGGCGGCAGGGACGCUCACAGCAACCUGAGCACUUUGAAAAACGGCGUGCUUCAACUACCUCUGUGUGAGAAGACCAUCUCUGUCAACAUCCAGCGGGGCGGGGGCUCCAGGGAUGGCCUGCUCUGUACCUCGGCUCCGGCCAGCUGCUGCCAGGUCAUCUGAAGCUCCAACCCUCUGUGGACCAUCAGCUUCCCGCCCAGCACAACCAGCUGAAAAGCAACCUUCUGCUCCCGCGUUCACCUCUCCAUCUUUUCCCUCAGUCCCUCUUCAGAUCAUCCGUUUGAACACACUACUCCUCCUUUUAACGUGUUGCAGUUUGUCUUGUGUUUGGCUGUAGCAGAAAGCUGACCUCAACAUCAACACAGCUGCCUUCUGCUGUUGUCUUAACCUCACCUUACUGUCACAGUUUUGUUUGUCUGAGUGUAUGUUGUUAAUGGCUGUUUUAUAACAUUUAUCAGUGUGUUAUGUACGUUUGUUUUAUGUCCACUAACUGCCCUUCAGAUUAGUGGGACUCAUAUUGUCUUACUAACAAUAUGCUGGUUUUAGAACAUAUUAAAAUGAGGAGGGUUGGAUUUGAUGGUCACAGAGUAAAAUGUUUUAAUGGUAUGAGCAUAGAGUCCAAAUUUCUGAGAAAAAGUCACAAACCAUAGUAGUAAGAGACAAAAGUCGUAAUACUAUAAUAAUAAAUAAGUUAUUUAACAAAUUCUAUUACUUCACAAAUAUUAAUAAUUUAAGAUAAAGCUGUGAUUUUACAAAAAAGCUCAAGGUGUAGUUUUGUGAGGGAAAAGUCAUAACAUUUCAGGAAUAAAGUCUUAAUAAAAUGAGAUUACAGACAAGAAAUACUCAUUCUUCUAAAAUUCUUCUCAUGUAUUUGUUUUUACCACAACUUUGUUCUCAAAAAUAUCUCUUGAAAUGUCAGAUAUUUCCCCCUCCUUCCUCCACCUCGAACCUCUGCUCCCCUCUGAAUGUUAGCUAGCCGCUGGAUUAUGAAGUGGAAUACAUGUACCAGGCACCUUUUGACCACUUCUGUCAAGGUUUUAAUUUUGACUCCACUUUGCACUCAGACAAUCUGUUUUAUUAGCGUUUAAACAUUUUUUUUUUUUUUUUACUUGAAUGAAUUCAGCUCCAUUUAUUCACAAUUGCAACAUAUUAUCUAUCAAAACCCCUUUAAAUUUGUCUGUAGAGGCAACACCGUUUUAGCUUAAUAAAUGGGACAGCAAGAGAGAACCCGGUGGGUUAGGGUGUGACCUCCUCUGUGGCAGCAAACAGGUGAUAAUAUUGAUACUGUAGCAAGAUAAUUGAAAUGUUACUGCUGACCAUUUAUUUAAAAUGAGGUAUUCUUAUUUUUUUAUUCCUGUUUUAAAUGUGUUGCUGUUGUUGCUGAAAGAGAACAUUAGUUGUGUCUGGCUCUCUGUAGAAACAAACACACUACCGAUAUCCGUUCUGAUUUGACCUCUGCUGGCUUCUUGCAGUCUCACCUGCGCCCACAUGUCGCCCCAAAGCUGACUGCACAUGUGGGCGCAGCGUGUUGACUCGUGUAUCAAGUAUGUAUAUACAGUAUGUUUAAAAGUAAAGUUUAUUUUUAAAACUUGUACAUUUUUUGAGCGACCUGCUGUUUUCAAAUGUCGACAGGGGAUCUGUGUGAAGUCUCACUGGUUAGAAUAAGUGCGCGUGCACCAGGUAAAUCAGUAGGAAGUCACCUGUGCAGGAGAAAAGGCUCAUGACUUACAGCUUUAAAAAGAGCCAGCCAAGAGAUGGACGUAUGAAAGACGGGAAAGGGGAAAUGGGGAAAUUCUUUAAGGGCAUUGGCAAUAAGCUAUACUGUGUGUUGCAGCUAUCUGUACAGAAACAUUUUCAUUAGUUUAAUAUUUUGAAUUCCAAACGUACGGCCUUACAGCGGCCUCGUUGGACUGAAAAGAAAAAAAAAAAAGGAAAGCUAUGUUUUAAAUAUUUUUUUCCUCUCUCUUUGGUUGUUGUCUGAGUUUUCUUUUAAAAACCAAAUGUAAAUAGAGUUGUAAAUAUGGUGCUCUUUAUCUAGAACAGCAGAGUGAACCCUUUGGUGCAUAGCUGUACAGUAAUCUAGCCUUAUGAUGAUUAGUAAUACUGUAUGGGUGUCUCAGCUAAAAAUAUGGCCGUGUGAGGAAAAACGACACGAUUCUGUUCAUACCGUCAGGUCUCUUUGACUGUUGUCUUACUCAGCUGUAUCCAGGUGAAUGACGUGCAUGUGUUUCAGUGUUUGACAUUCAAUGACACAGAGGAGAGAGAAUCAGCCACAGAAAUGUUACUGGACCAAAAAGCAAAUGGAAAGAAAAGAAAAGGAAAAAAUAAACACGAGUAGGAACCGACAGAGAUAUUCAGUGUAUUAUUCUGUAGUUGAAACCUGUUGUCAGAAGUUACAUAUAGCUAUGGUAAUAUCCAAAAAUAAAAUGUGGAAUACUGUCUCA